GAAUGUCUCUUCGUUUUUCCAUUGAGAGUUUGCAUUAUAUUUAUAAAAACAUGAAAAUCAGAUUACAUUCGUUGGUAACUCAGAAUGCAGUGAAGUGAUUAAACCUCGGAGCACUAAAUCAAGCACAAAUCACUAGUAGGAUCUUCAUUUAUGUUGUACUGUUGCACGUCAGCAGUCAGAUUCUUUCAAAACACCGACGAAGGUUCUUGUAAACAAUGUCUUCGGAAGAUGAUGACAUGGACUAUGACACUACAUUGAUCAAGGCUGAUUCUUUAAAUGCUGAAGCGGUGGCGCCUAAGGCGAACCCAAAAUACAGCAAAGUGUAUGAGGAUUUCCAGAAGUGGAACGAAACAAAUGGUGCCACUCCGGUGACAGAAGACGUUUUGAUGAAAUAUUUUACGGAACUGGCAGUCAAAAGCAAACCAACAACGUUAUGGGUGUAUCAGUCGAUGCUAAAGUCAACACUUCGAAUAAACGAUAAUAUUGAUAUCAGUAACUAUUCGACGUUGAUCAACUUUCUGAGAGGAAAAAACGCCGGAUACAAACCCGUUAAGGCGACCGUGUUUACAGAAGAAGAAAUGAAUAAGUUUAUUAAUGAGGCUCCUGACGAGCAGUGGUUAGACGUAAAGGUUGUCUGUAUAUUUGGUAUCAACGGUGUUCACAGCUCCAGCAAACUUAUCAACGUCAUGAUCGACCACAUCAAAGUUUAUGAGGAUUUGAUUUUGGUGACAAUACCGAAAUCAGAAACUAGUGCUAAGCGAACAUUCACAGUGACUGGGACGUUUUUCACUGUUAUGCAUAAAUACAUACGUUUGCGACCUGAAAAUUCAAUGAUCAACCGGUUCUUUCUGCGUUAUCGCGACGAAAAAUGUACACCGUUACCGAUGGGUCGAAAUAGAUUCUUUGAAAUGCCACGCAGGAUUGCUAAGUAUCUGAAACUGCCAAAGCCGGAGCUAUAUUCAGCGAACUCAUUCCGCAUGAAUGCUAGCCAUAUCGCAUCAGCAAAUUCGACCAUUGCUUGGGAAUCAUUGAAUAAUGUUCCUGAGCAACCACAAACUCAAUAUUCACUGGACUAUGAGACCGGUCACCUUAGAACGUCUUUAUCAGCUACGUACGCAGGUCCAUCUGUCUCUGUCCCAAGCUGCAUGAACGGUGGCAGACACGAUCAUCGGAAUGGUAAACGAAAUGACAAUAAGACUGAAAGGACUGGAAGCGAUGAACACAUCUGCACGAUAAACUGUGGCCAGGUAAAAUGCGCCACGGAGGAAAAUGAGAUGGGCGCAUUGCAUGCAUUUUCCAUAAUGAAACCAGACGAUUACAAAAUUAUCGAAGUCAUACCCGCCCUAUUCGCUUCGGAUCCAAUUUGUCGAUGGAUAGUGGCGUACACCCAUACCGUUGAUCCGGUAUCCUCAUACAAUGGUGACGAAACGUUUGCAGACAUAACGAGAUCAACACCGAACAAUGUUACAGUGAUUCAGAAAUAUAUCAGACAUAGGUCUUCUCAGCUGCUGCCAGCAUAUGUUGUGGUAUAUGGUGUGAAUUGUCGGUGCCAGUCGAAGCAGUCCGAACUGUACAACUAUGAAGUGAACGAAAUCAAAUACGAAGUUUGAAAUAUAUUUUGCAUUUGCUGUGCAAUGGAUCGACUUUUAUAAUCUUUUUAGACCCGU